GUCUUUGAAUUAAAAACUGCUCUGCUGUCAACCGAUUUCGGUUGCGAAAAACUGAGUGAUUAGAAAGAUAUUAUAGGAGCUUUGUCCUUAAGGUAUACAUUGGUAGUGGAACUUCGUCGUAUUAUACGAGAUAUACUUGCUGCCGAUGUGCUGAAACUUCAGUUUAGUAUCACAGACAGCGCGAACUAGAAAGAAUUCGCAAGGUUAAUGUUGGCACUACUACAUAAUCAAAUACAAACUUAAAAAUGUCGUCAUCGGGAGCGGAACAACCGGCAACGGAAGAAAACGUCGAACCGCAGUCCUCGGGCAGUAAUGGUGUGCCAGAAACUGCACAGGCUACAGCAGUUCGUGAAAGUGAACCACCACCUGCUCCACCAGCACCAGCAGGAGAGGCACCUACCAAGAAGUCCAGGGUAGACCUGCAGUCACUACCAACAAGACAGUACUUGGACCAGACUGUUGUGCCAAUAUUGCUUCAAGCACUGUCAACAUUAGCAAAAGAAAGGCCUCCUGAUCCAAUAAGCUUUCUGGCAGCCUACCUGCUCAAAAACAAGAGCCAUUUUGACCAAAGUGGAGCACCGCAGAACUCAAGCCAGUGAUGAAGUGCAGAGGCAUAAUAGACAUACGCACAUUUGAGUUGUGGAAUGUGAAGAUCUGUGGUUUCAUAUUUUUAUCAUAUUCGUCGGCAUUAUAUUCAAUGUAACCUCUUCCACUUUCAUUAUGAGAUACAUAGGUGGGCUAGAAAUCAUUUGUCAUUUAUCUUUGUGAAAAGUGACUACCAUAUUUAUGAACUGAGCAUUAGCUACUUUGUUCAUGGUGAUUUGGGUUGGCACACUUUCAUAUUGACUGUAUUUCACAAAGAUUGUGUGUAUUAUUGUCUUCUAUGCUGUACCUAAUGAAAUAUGUAUUAUAUUACGUGUAUGUUGUAGACUGGAUUUUUAACGUGUAAUGACACUAUAUUAAUACAUUUUAAAAACUAAUUUUGUUAUAACUCUGAUAUUUCAAGGCUGUUCCAUUUAUAAAUAAAAAACUGUCAACAAAAUAUAAAUUGAAGCCAACAGCAGAUGCCUGACAUUAAGCUCGGCCAAACAGUUUGUCUGGAGUCUCAAUAACACUGUUUCAACCAGACCAGAAUGCUCUGGUUUUUUCCCCUCCAGUAAUUUAAUAAUUUGUUCUGUAAUGUUAAGACAUUAUUUCACCUUGUUAAGUACAUUACUCUAUUUUCUGUU